AUGUUCCGCGCUACAGCUCGCCUAUUGCAAGUGACGAAGCGAACGACUGGAAUUGUUGGACUUGCGGUCCAUCCAGAUCCUUUGCCGGUGCUCAAGCAAACGUACAAUUCGACACUCGCAGAGUUGAAGAACCUCCCUGCAACGUCAUCGUAUCGACAAGCAGCAGAAGCGAUUACUCUUUCACGUCUCAAUAUCGUAGAGAGUGCCCAAGGUGACAUCCGAAAGGUCGAACAGACGAUUGGUGGUGGCCAAAUCGAGGAAAUUUUGGAUGCGGCUCAAGACGAACUAAAACUCGUGGAAAAGCAAAAGGAACUAAAAUCCUGGGAACCAUUGGCAGAAAAGCCGCUACCAGGUCAAUGGAAAUACUUUGGAGAAGAAUCGACUAGUUGA